CCGUAAAUCACAAGUCUCCGGACGCCACGCGCUUCUCGCCCCACACGCUCUUGUUUCGCUUGCUACCUGCAGCUUCUGCAAACAAUGCCUUCGUACAAGUUGAUUUACUUUCCACUUCGCGCAAAAGCGGAAGCCAUCAGAAUGGUUUUCGCCGCCGCUGGAGUUGAUUUCGAGGACGUACGUUAUACAAUGGACGACUGGAUUUCAAAAUACAAGAAUUCUGGAAUAAGCCCUUCCCGUCAGCUACCAGUGCUGUACGUUGAUGGUAAAGUACUUAUGGAGUCCAAAGUCAUUCUCAGUUACGUCGGCAAAGAACUCAAUCUCGCUCCAAAAGAUAAUUUUCAACUGGCGCAGGCAGACGUCUUAGCUCACAUAAUUAAUGACUUGGAAAACGUGCUAAGCGCAGCUAAUAGACACGAAGAUUCAACGGUGAAGGAGGAAGCCUUAGAAACUGCUCGCAAAGAAGUUAUUCCAGACAAAUGCGGAUAUUUUGAGAAGUUUUUGACUGCCAACGACAAGGAGGGAUUCUUUCUUGAAGAUAAGCUGACCUAUGCUGAUAUCGUGGUAUUCACCUUCCUGAACAGCUACUAUCUGAAAGGAAGCGCUGAAGGAGUUCCUGAGGAGUUGAAGGCAUUCCCCAAACUACACGCCUGGUACGAACUGGUCAGAACGCAACCCAAGAUUCAACAAUGGCUCAAGACUCCGCGACCAGAUCUCGGCGAGUACCCAUACCUUGACAGAUUUCUUUGGAGUCACGUUAACCACGCUAAUUGGCUUUGUCUUUCGCUGUUGACCCUCGAAGGUCACAUCACAUCUCAUCACAUCUCGGUCUCCAUCGAGAGUAAACCACGUCAUAUACUCAGACCCCUUGCAGUCUUUGUCCGUAUCUUCACUAGGGCGAUGCCGAAAUAUAAGCUUUCGUACUUUCCACUUAGAGGAAGAGCCGAAGCCAUCAGAAUAACUUUCGCGGUGGCUGGAGUUGAGUUCGAUGACAUCCUAGUAAAUCUGGAAGAGUGGUUUACAAAGCUGAAACACUCUGGAUUAAGCCCCUCUGGACAGCUACCAAUCCUCGAGGUCGAUGGCACAGUCCUCACACAAUCCAAGGCUAUUUUAAGCUAUUUGGCUAAGGAAUUCAAUCUUGCUCCAGAAGGCAAUCUUCAGCAGGCUCAGGCAGAUUCUUUGGCUCACGUGGUCAACGAAUUAGAGACCACACUAACAGAGGCGUAUGGGGAGAAAGACCCGGAAAGAAAGGAAAAAGCUAUGAAGACCGCCACCGAAGAAGUGAUUCCAGAUAAAUGUGGAUACUUUGAAAAGAUCUUGUCAGCUAAUAAAAAUGGAUUCUUCAUUGGUGAAAAGUUGACUUAUGCCGAUAUCGUGGUCUUCACCUUUUUAAACAGUUAUUUCAUGAAGGGAAAAGCUGAAGGAAUUCCCGAAGGUUUGAAAAAGUUUCCCUCUUUGUCGGCUUGGUACGAACGUGUCCGAACGCAGCCGAAGAUUUUGGAGAAGUUGAAGAAUCCGACAGAUGGAUUCGUGGAUUACAUCUAUUGAGACGUUAUCUUAUCCUGUGGAUGAUUUUCCUUCAGCAAUAGACAAGGGAUAAUGUCACAAAAUUAACCUCUAGUCAGCCAGUCCAAUAUCAUAGUUAAUAAAGUGCGACUCAAAAGA